AUGGCGUCACGGUUCGCUUCCCGUCGGCUUCUCAAGCCAUUGGCCUACGGCACCGGAGUUGCCGUGGCUGGUACCACGGUCCUGUACAUGAUCUACCGCCCUCGAAACGUCCCAGGCGCAGAGACGCUUGCUCCCAAACCGCCAAAACGAAAUGCGAACGGUGACAUCAUCCCUCCCAAGUUCCCGUACAUAAAAUCAAGAGCGGAACAGAUUGCAGACUUGAAGAAAUCGUCAUCUGCUCCGUCUUCCGAGAUAUACGACCUCCUUAUCAUUGGCGGAGGAGCCACAGGCACAGGUAUCGCGCUUGACGCAGCUACUAGAGGCUUGAAGGUUGCCAUUGUGGAAAGAGACGAUUUCAGCAGCGGAACAAGUAGCAAGUCCACCAAGCUUGUCCAUGGUGGUGUACGAUACCUGGAAAAGGCGGUUUGGAACCUGGACUACAACCAGUACCAAUUGGUGAAGGAGGCCCUGAGAGAGCGGAAGAGCUUCUUGUACACUGCACCACAUCUGUCGUCAUGGCUCCCGAUUAUGCUUCCUUUACAGAAAUGGUGGCAGUUACCGUACUUCUGGGCUGGAACCAAGUUCUACGACCUCCUCGCCGGGUCUGAAGGAAUCGAGAGCUCUUAUUUCCUACCGAGAAGUAAAGCUCUAGACGCCUUCCCCAUGCUGAAAAAGGACAACCUGGUCGGAGCCUUGGUAUACUACGACGGUCAACACAACGAUUCUCGCAUGAACGUCUCCUUGGCUAUGACUGCAACUCUAUAUGGAGCUACCACAGUCAACCACCUGGAAGUAACUAGUCUUGAGAAGGACGCAAGCGGGAAACUCACAGGUGCCCGAGUACGCGAUCUCGUUUCUGAAACGGACGGAACCCCUACAGAGGAUUUCGUAGUGAAAGCCAAGGGUAUCAUCAACGCAACCGGGCCUUUCGCAGAUGCAAUUCAGCAAAUGGACGAACCGAAUAUCAAAGAGAUCGUCGCACCAAGUCUCGGUGUGCACGUCGUCCUCCCCGGUUAUCUCAGUCCUCAGAAUAUGGGCCUGAUCGAUCCAUCCACAUCAGACGGCCGAGUCAUCUUUUUCCUGCCCUGGCAAGGCAACACCAUUGCUGGGACGACAGACUCGCCAUGCGCAAUCGAGGCGAACCCAGUUGCCGGUGAGAAAGAUAUCCAAUGGAUUCUAGACGAGAUCCGGACAUAUUUGACUCCUGAUAUCAACGUCCGGCGAUCCGACAUCCUCGCAGCCUGGUCAGGUAUCCGACCCCUUGUGCGCGACCCUAAAUCCAAGAACACCGAAUCCCUUGUUCGCAGCCAUCUCAUUACCGUUUCGGACUCUGGUCUGUUGACCUGCGCAGGUGGCAAAUGGACCACUUACCGACAGAUGGCCGAAGAUGCGGUCGACAAAGCCAUCGAAGCCUUUAAGCUGCAGCCUAAGCCUGUCAGCUAUGUGCCAGACAUCAGCGGCGUGAACGGUAUCGAUCCUACAGUCAAUCUGUUGGACGGAAGUUGCCAGACACACCAUAUCCGCCUGGUCGGCGCGCACGGCUACUCGACGACCCUGUUCAUCAACCUGGUCCAAGAGUUCGGUCUUGACGUUGAUGUCGCCAAGCACCUGGCUAGCGACUAUGGUGAUCGCGCCUGGGACGUUGCAGCAUUGGCUUCCCCGACCGACAAUUCCGAGCACUACCCGCUGCGUGGCCAUCGUCUGUCGUCCCUAUACCCCUUUAUUGACGGCGAAGUCCGGUACGCGGUGCGCAGCGAAUACGCCCAGACCGCCGUGGACGUCCUCGGGCGCCGUACGAGACUGAGCUUCCUCGAUGCGCGUGCUUCGCUGCACGCUCUCCCCAAAGUGAUUGACAUCAUGGGCGAGGAGCUCAAGUGGAGCGAUAAGAGAAAGGAUGCUGAGUGGAAAAACACCGUCCACUACCUGCUGAGUAUGGGCCUGCCCCAGGACUUGCUCAACAUCACACGCGCCGAGGUAGAGCAGGGCCUGGCGGACUCGAGCGAUCUUGCCCCAGCCCAAGGGGCAUCCACGGCCGUGGCGCCUUUCAAACCGUCGUCCGAGCCGACCGGCCAAGCGCAUGCGCCUCUUCCUUGA